UUGCUGUAUGCUUUUCUUACUAUUUUUACAUGAGAAUCUCUUUACCGUGGUAGCAUCAAUUAUAUCAUUGUGAAUUGUUGGCGAAGGGAGGUUAUAUGGUCGUCGAUGGUAUAGGAGGACCCGACUUCUCUCACAUCUUUGGACACGGGAUCGAAAAUAACCAUCAUCGUUUUCAGAAUUAAUAUUUUUCUAAAAUAUUUUAAAUAAGAGGAAACAAUAGCAUAUAUUUAAUCAUAUAAUGAGAGAGUAUUGUAAUUUAAACGUCUCUAAAAAAAUGUAAUUUAUUCAUAUUUUUCUAAAUUACAAUAAUAAUUUACUGUAGCAUAGCCUUGUUAAGUUUACACGGACAUGAUUCAACCUCGCUCUUAUCUUUACUUUUCAUUUUCAAAAUAAUUAUUCGUGAACACUUCUAUUUCCUAAAAUUUAGUAGAGUAUUUAGAUGCCUUUUCACAUGUUAAAGAUAUUCUGACAUUGACAGAGGAAUUUAAAUCCACUAUCUUACUGUGUGUGAGUGAACAUUCUCUGAAAAUAAAAUAGAAGAAAUGAAAAGGAGAGCAAACUUGGCCACCAAGAAAUCUUUGUUUGGUCCCCAAGUAAAUCCAAGUGCACUUCCACUGUUUCCUAUUUUGUUUCUGUAGUCAUGAAGAAACAGCUUAUAAAACUAUCCACGUGAUAUGUUGAAUAUCAAUUCAAGUGAAUGAAACAGACUGCUAAGAAAAACUUGCUUAAAUUCCCAUUCCCAGCAGCUGUAGAACAACUGAAAGAAUGGUUUAUCCAAAGGAACCGGCGAAGAUAAGGUGGGGAGAAUUGGAAGAAGAUGUCGGGGAGGAUCUCGAUUUCCUGCUACCACCAUGCCAGGUGAUAGGACCUGACGAAAAUGGAAUCAAGAGAGCUAUUGAGUACGAAUUCGACGAGGAUGGUAACAUGGUUAAAAUUACAACAAUCACCCGCACGCGCAAACUCGCCAACAUGCGUAUAAGUAAGCGCGCCAUAGAGCGACGUAACUUGCCUAAAUUUGGCGACGCGGUUCAUGAAGAUAGCAGUAGUCACCUUACUAUGGUUUCUACUGAAGAAAUACUUCUCGAACGCCCUAAGCCUAUUGGUAUAUCUCUAACAGCGGAUGCAUCCGGUUCAACCAAUGGUGUAUAUGUACCUCGCUGCAUGAGAGGUAGUGCAACUGCAGACAGGAUUGUAGAGUCAGGUAUGAGGCGGAGGAACGAUGAGAAUUCUGUGCGAGUAAACAAUCUCUCCGAGGACACGAGGGAGCCGGAUUUGUAUGAGUUAUUUCGACCUUUUGGUUGUGUGAGGAGGGUUUAUGUUGCUAUUGAUCAAAAGAGUGGCACGAGUAGGGGGUUUGGGUUUGUUAACUUUGUGAGCAGGGAAGAUGCUGGGAGAGCUAUUAACAAACUCAAUGGAUAUGGCUAUGAUAAUCUCAUCCUGAGGGUUGAAUGGGCCACCCCAAGAACAACAUAAAAAUGUCCAGGAUCAUUUGUUUCCUUUGAGGUGUUUUAUUAUUAUUUAAAAGUGAAUGUUAACUCAAGAUCACUAGUUGGUUGUAUAAUAUAAUCAUUAGAAUAAGAGUUGUGCAACGGAUCUUAAUUCUUAAACGUAUAUAGUGAAAUAUGUGAAAAUGGCUUUGAUCAGACAAAAUUACACUUGAGGUCAUUUAACUUUGUCUCUUAUAUGAUGAUAGUAUUAGAUUUUUUUUUUCCUUCUUUUUGAGGUGUUCCUAUAACCAAAAUUGAAUUUUAUUUAUUUAUUCAUGGAACAGUAUAAGUGUAUCUGAUCUAUGU